AUGGCGUCUCCUCUAAUGCUCGGCGGCUCGCCCGCCCAUUCAGAAAGCUUCUCUAGUCUCAACUCCCCUCCCUCAUCUUCUCCAGUCCAAAGGAAACCUCUCCUGCAGAGUGUCGAACUGACUACGGGCCCUGUUCACCCCUCCUCUCCCCUUUCGAUUGAGGGAGAUACACCCACUCCUAUUACCACUGUACCUGUGGCCAGACCACCCUCACCUUCGUCGGAUGGAGAUUUUAUAUCGGUCCCAAAGAACCCGAAUAGAUAUUCUCGAGAACCAUCCGCUACACCCUUACACAUCGAUACAUUUACUUCGCGUCACGGCUCCGCUUCGUACUUGAGAUCCGUACUUGAAGACGACGACGAUUCAGACGAGAUCCCUGACUAUUUUGACGAAGAAUAUGAACACCAGUUCACGAAUGCAACCUCUCUGCACAGUCGACUAGACAGCGAACCAUUCAUCCCGGUCCUCAAAUCCCCUCCACCAACACAAAAGUCGUCGAGACGAGCGACGAGCAUGGCAUUGCACCCACCAUUAAAUCGGCCCCCUCCGCUACAUAUUGACCUGGAUCAUCGAUCAAUGUCCAUGUCCAUGGCUUCGGGAGACCCAAGGCAACCCAAGACUCCCGGAAAUAAAAUCAGCUCAUUCUUCGGCUGGAAAGCGGCAAAUAAUAAUCAUAAUAGGAAUACUUCCUUAAGUGGUGAAUCAUCCAGCACAGAGAUAUCCGACUCCGGUCGAUCAAUGAAGCCUUCUCCUAUGCCACCAUUAGCGAACGUGCCCUUCAAACCCCCUUCACCUUAUGAGACCAGAAGCAAUGGAUAUGGGUUGCCGGCACGGACCCCUUCUCUGGGAUCCUCAAGUUUACCGGAAAAUAUAUAUGCAUCUAAGAUGGCAGAUAUUGAGAACGAAUUACGUGAAAUAAGCUCCGAGUUGGCGGGGUCUAUUCGUCGAGAAAUGGAUCUAGAGGAUCUAGUCGAGAAAUUACAAUCAGACGCGCCGGACGCGAAUCGUCGGACUAGUGACUAUUUCUCGGAUUCAGGGACUAGCUCUGUUCGUUAUGCAUCAGAUUCCGGAAAGAACGAAGAUAUUGAGAAAAUUCGCCGCGCUGCAGAGCAAGAGCGGGCACAGCUUAAAGUGGAAUUUUCCCAAAAAUUACAGGAUGAGCGUUCUCAGCGCUUAGCUUGUGAAUCACACGUUAAGAUCUUGGAAUCCCAAGUCCAUCAGCUUCGUCGCGAAAGGACUGAAUUAUCUGAUAUGUCUUCCAAGAGUAAAGAACUUGAGACAGCUUUGGAAAACACCAAGCGAAAGCUGCUUGAAGAGCGGCAGUCCAAAGAUAACUUUGAGGAUCUGCUGACAGCCAUGCGAGUAGAGCUGGAACAAUUGCGUAAUGAUCGAGAUCAGCUCCGAGAUGGCAAUAAGCUCGCAGAGGAAAUUGAGGCUCUCAAAAUCGAGAACGCCUCUUUGGCUCAACUCCAAAACGGUCGAUUCGCUUCGAUUGCCGAGGAAGGUGGCUCACCGAGAAACUCAUCUGUUGGACUCUCGAGAUCGAACUCUCUUGCCCGCAAGCCCAGCGGCCUAGCGCGCUCCUCUUCUCUUUCUCGCUCCAACUCGGUUACUAAUAAGGGCAAUAAUUCGCCAGAGACCCGUGAAUCAUUGGUCGACAAAGUCCAUGAUAUCGAAGUUCAACGCGAUGCUCUUCAUGAAACACUCCGAAAGCUUCUUAAUCGCCAGGAAUACCAAGCCCGUGAUUACGAGAAGCGCGUGCGGAUGCUCGAGAUGGAACUUGCUCUUGCCCAGCAGUCGGACCAACCCCGGAAGUUGGGCUACGAGAGAGAUGUGCGCAACCUCCGCGACGAGGUUAAUCACCUUCGCAUGCGCGCUGAAGAUGCUCUCGAUGGCAAGUGGCAGUGCGAGAAGAACCUCGCAGGUCUGAAGAUGGACUUGGACCGCGCCGAGCAAGAGACUAGCUCCCUGCGAGCUCUUCUGCAGGAAGACACUGCCGCUGCGGAAUUGGCCGCUGGCCAAGAAAGCCUUGCUGGGGCAGCGACUUCCACGUUUUCUCUGCAAUUUGCGUUCCAGCAAUUGCAGGCAGACCGGGCUGUUGCCGAGACCAAUGUCGCAGACUCAGAGGAGCUCUCUUCGUCCCUGGAUCGAACAGAGGCACUGGGCAACAAGGUGCAUCGCCAGCUCCGAACCAACGAGACUCUGCAUGCUCGUCUAGCGCAGGCUAUUGAUAAGGGUGACAAAGAUCAGCAGAUCUCAGUUGAACGCAUCAAUAUCCUCCAGAACCGUAUGAAGGAGCUGGAGGACGUUCUGUUGGUUGCCCAACAACACUCCGAAGAAGAGAUGGGCAAGCACGAGGAUGAAAUCCGCAACCUGAAGGAGAGCCAAACUGCUCAACUCACGCGGAUGAAGAAUGGUGGCCGUAACCCAGCCAGCCUCUCACCGCGUCCACCUACUGCGCCAUUUGACGCCCGCUCCCCGCGUCUGGACCAAACCACCAGCGGACAGGGCAUCUCCUUGACAGAAGUCAUCCAAUCCGAGAUCCUCGAGAAACGGGUGAAGGACCUCGAAAAGCUCCUCCGCGAUGCCGACAUGGAGAUGGAGCAAGUUGUCGGACGAAUGAACCGCACGCAGAUUGAUGUGGCCCAGCUCCAGACUGACAGAGAGGACGCUCUCCGCCAGACCCACCAACUCCAAAUUGAGAUCCAAGCCGAGCGUGAUGCCCUGAAGGGUCUCAUCAACGCCCUAUAA